AUGUCGAUGAGCGCAAACACGGAAGCCGCCGCCAGCAGCAGCCCGGGCAAACGGUGCGCCGCGUGCAAGAACCAGCGCAGGAAGUGCGCCCAGGACUGCGUCCUCGCUCCUUACUUCCCGGCAACGGAUCCCCAGAGAUACGCCUGCGUGCAGAGGGUCUUCGGCGCCAGCAAUGUCGCAAGAAUGCUCCAGAACCUCCCUGUCCACGAACGAGCCAGAGCAGCGGACACGAUGGUGAUGGAGGCGCGCCGGCGGGUGCAAGACCCGGUGUACGGCAGCGCCGGGAUCGUGGGCCGCCUCCAGGGAGAGAUCGGAGCGGCGCAGUGCGAGCUGGCCAGGACGCAGGCCCAGAUCGCUGUGCACGCCGCGGCAGCCGCAGCUCGCGCACACCAGGCGCCGGUGGUGGACGCGCAGGCGGCACAGCACGCGCCGGCGGCCCCUCUGGAGCAGCAAGACGACGACGAUGAUGCGCGGGAGCUGUUCCAAGGAUUGGAUGCGCUGCUCGUCGAUGAUUAUCGCUGGGAUGCUUUAACUCGUUUGCUUUGA